UACCCUGAGCUGCUUUCUCACGUCCGCUCUCUUACCCCAGAGAAGGUAGACCCCGGUGGGCUUGUCGGUACCGUUUUAAUCCUUUGCAAGAAACUCCAAAAAACCGCAACCAUGAGCAGGAAAUUCUUCGUCGGUGGAAACUGGAAGAUGAACGGCGACAAGAAGAGCCUCGGGGAGCUCAUCCAGACCAUGAACGCAGCCAAGGUGGACCCCAAUGUCGAGGUGGUUUGCGGUGCUCCUUCAAUCUACCUGGACUUUGCCCGGUCCAAGCUGGACGCCAAGUUCGGCGUUGCUGCUCAGAACUGCUACAAAGUUCCCAAGGGUGCCUUCACUGGGGAGAUCAGCCCUGCGAUGAUCAAGGACUGUGGAGUGAACUGGGUGAUCCUGGGACACUCUGAGAGACGCCACGUCUUCGGCGAGAGUGAUGAGCUCAUCGGUCAGAAGACCGCCCACGCUCUGGAGAGCGGCCUCGGUGUCAUCGCCUGCAUCGGAGAGAAGCUGGACGAGAGAGAGGGCGGCACCACCGAGAAGGUCGUCUUCGCUCAGACCAAGUUCAUCGCAGACAAUGUAAAGGACUGGAGCAAGGUCGUGCUUGCUUAUGAGCCCGUGUGGGCCAUUGGCACCGGCAAGACUGCCUCCCCACAGCAGGCUCAGGAAGUUCAUGACAAACUGAGGGGCUGGCUGAAGACCAACGUGUCCGAGGCUGUGGCCAACUCUGUGAGGAUCAUCUACGGAGGCUCUGUGACCGGUGGCACCUGCAAAGAGCUCGCCUCCCAGAAGGACGUUGAUGGUUUCCUCGUCGGCGGAGCUUCCCUCAAGCCAGAGUUUGUCGAGAUCAUGAACGCCAAAGUUUAAAAAAGCCCUGCUGCUGCAACGUGACCACGUCCAGAUCAGAGGCCAGCUCCAUCAUCCCUCACUCUAAGCACUUAGUCCUCUCCCCCUUUUUAGUCAAAAGUAUUCGUGUAAUGGUGUCAUUCCCUCCUUUUCCUUUAUAUCUUUUGGUUAUAUUUUGUCAUGAAGAAAAGGGACAGGUUGACACAUGCACUGUACCGCACUGAGAAGUCCACCGAGAAUAGUCUGUGUGCAUACUAACUUCUACACCAAGUGCUCAAGCUGUAAAGACUGACAACUACACCUUGAGGUGGACGGCCAGUCCACGCCUUUACUUGAAAAGUUUACCAACUUUUUUUUGCGUAAACAGUGUCACAGCUCUUUGUCAAUCAGAUUUAUUUGUCUUUUUAAUAUCGACGUCUCUUCUGUGUGAUUAUGAUGUUCUGUGGCUUUUACCUCCCUGUAGACGUGCAUGAUCCGCUCUCCCAUUGGCUGCUCUGCCGAGAGGGAAGCGUCCAUUACGUGUUAACCAUAUUGUGUCAUGGCCGAUGGGCAGAAGGGUGGGAGGCUGUAAGGAAACAUUAUAAUAAACUGUUUAGAGACUG